AAGGAUUUAUUCUAUGAAUUUUCAUUUUUGUUUUUUGAGCUCAUUUCUUCACCUCUGAAAAUCAGAAACCACACCCCAAAACAGGCCGCCGCCAACCACCGUCGUCGAUUCCGCCGCUAGCUACCGGACGCGGUCUUAUCUUCCAAUUCUUACUGCCUGUCAGAUUAUUCCCGAACUCUUAACGAGGCGACGCGACGCGACGCGACGCGACCAACUGAUUACCACUGUUUGUGCGUACAAUCAAUCCGUUUCCACAUCGGAAUAAUGGGCAGACAAGGUUCUCAACUAAAAAUCAAUCCAAAGAAAUUUGGGAACCUUCAGAAACCUUGCAUGAGAGAAAUGAUGUCAUUUCUUAGUUGCUUGGCUUUAACUCAAGGCGAUGAUAAGAGAUGCAGCCGGCAGAAGUCUUUGCUGAGCGCGUGCAUGGAUGCUCAGACUACCAAUAAACGAAAGCCUUGGGGCAGCAUUAAUUAUCACCUUCAAAGGCUUAGCAGGGGGAAAAAGUAAUGACGUUGUCUUCUUAUGCUUUUCUAGUAUUCUACUGUGUUCGUGCAAGAAUAGUAGCUCUACAAAAGGUGUCCUCAUGGAGAGUUCCUGGUAAUUUUUGUUUAUUGGAUUUAGAGAUCUCUUAAAUUUGGUUUUUCCUUGAGCAUGUGCACCACUCGUUGGUUUCACUUUGAUCAUAUUGUUCACUAUGAAGAAAUAAGGAUAGUAUUUCUUUCCCUAAAAAACGACCGUCUAUGAUUUACGAUCUCAAGCAUCCAUCAAAUACUCUUAUUUAUGUUCGUGGUUACAAUAAUUAUAACAUAUUUUAAAAAGUUCCA